CCGAUUACAAUUUACAUGCCUUGGGUAAACAAUUCAAUGACAGCCAACCUUGCCGAUCAAGUUAACUCAACCUGCAUUGAGAUUUUCAAUCGAACGGGAGUUUUAAUUCAAGAAGUUGAAUUGGACCAACCAUGUCUCCGAUGUUUCAAUGCAUGUCCAGGUUAUCAACCACACUCUUGGAGGAAAAUCUGUCGAACCUGUAAAUGUCCUCGAGAAGCUCAUAACCUGAGCCACCAAGACUAUGUUGAUGUACGCAAUAGGAUUGGACUUAAAAAAGGAACCCUUUUUGAUACCAAAGAGAUUACACUCAGAUCUGGUUACUCUUGGGUUCCCCCUGGUUUAACUUCUGAUCAGAUUGAAGAAUACUUUUCAACAAUUCCUAUUGAAAAAAUUCCAAGACUUGGUGCUCCUGGUGAAAAAUAUCGCGAUCAUCAAUUGAUUAAACAGCUUCCAGCUUAUGAUUUAGCUUUAGCUUAUAGUAAAUUUGUUGAAACUGAAAGUCGACCGAAAUUCCAUGAGUUUGUAGAGAAGCGUAAUAUUUUUAAUCUAGACAUUGGAUACGUUAGACCAGCCAAUGAAAAUAACAAGGUCUGCAAAAAUUGUGGUAAAGACAUUCGAAGCCGUGAAAUUAUAGUGAUUGCCCCUAAAUUAGGAGAGGAUAAUUGCUGGCAUCCACCAUGUUUUGUUUGCACCGUUUGCAAAGAGCUUCUAGUCGAUUUGGCUUACUGUGUUAAAAAUGGCUGCCUUUACUGUGAACGACAUUUUGCUGACACAGUUAGACCAAGAUGUUCAGGCUGUGAUGAGCUCAUCUUUUCUGGUGAAUAUACCAAAGCAAUGAAUAAAGAUUGGCAUUCAAGUCACUUUUGUUGCUGGCAAUGUGAUGAAUCUUUAACUGGACAACGUUAUGUACUCCGUGAUGACCAUCCAUAUUGUGUCAAAUGUUAUGAAUCUGUUUUCGCCAACACCUGUGAGGAGUGCAACAAGAUUAUUGGAAUUGAUUCAAAGGAUUUAUCUUACAAGGAUAAACAUUGGCAUGAAGCUUGUUUCCUUUGUAAUAAAUGUCGAGUCUCUUUGGUUGACAAACCUUUUGGCUCUAAAGCUGAAAGAGUCUACUGUGGCGAUUGUUACGAUGAAGCCUUUGCCAGUCGAUGUGAUGGAUGUAAUCAACCAUUCAAAGCAGGUAUGAAAAAGAUGGAAUACAAAGGACAUCAAUGGCAUGAAAACUGUUUCGUCUGCGUAGUCUGUGCCAACCCAAUCGGUACAAGAUCAUUUAUCCCGAAAGACAAUGAAAUUUACUGUACUGGUUGCUAUGAAGAUAAAUAUGCUACUCGUUGCAUCAAAUGUAGUCAGAUUAUCACUUCUGGUGGAGUAACUUAUCGUAAUGCUCCUUGGCAUCGGGAAUGUUUCACUUGUACUGAAUGUAACAACUGUUUGGCUGGUCAACGAUUCACUUCACGCGAUGACAAACCUUAUUGUGCUGAAUGUUUCGGUGAACUUUUCGCUAAACGUUGUACUUCAUGUGAAAGACCAAUUACUGGAAUUGGAGGAACUCGAUUCAUAUGCUUUGAAGACCGCAAUUGGCACAACGAUUGUUUCAAUUGUGCCGAAUGUAAAAUCUCGCUUGUAGGAAAAGGAUUCAUUACUGAUGGCCCUUCAAUUUUGUGCCCAGAAUGUGCUAAACAGAAGCUUCUUUAGAUGAACAACUAAUUUUAUCUUCUUACAUUGAUCGAUAUUUCCGACUUCCUAACUUCCUCACUUAAACAAUCAUCGACAAUUACGAUUAUAAGGAUUGUUGAAAUAAACGCUGAUCCCAAGCUCUUGAUUUUACAUGCUCGCUAAUAUAUCAACGAAAAAGCAAAGACAAUUAUGUUUGCUUAUUUAAAUUAUUGAUACAAAAAUACAAUUAUUUUUCAACAAUCAUUAUUGGAAUUAUAUUGCACACCAAAAAAAAUGAAAUUAAAUAUUUAAGACAAUUGCUUGUAGGAUAAAGCACACAAAUGGCAAAUAUUGAAAGCACCAAAACUACUUAAUAACUUAAUGAUUUACUUGAACCUUUGAAAGGUUUAUUGGGAUUGAUUGAAUAUAAAUAGGAUCAAACCCUUCAUUUAUUGUAUUAUAAGACAAACCAAAUAUGAUAAUUAAUUUGGCCCAGCAGUUUUUCCGUCCGUUGAUUGGUGCAAAUAACCUUUUUAUUAAUAAUCUAAUCUAAAAAACGACAAUGAAAGAGUUGAUGAUUGAAAUUGAGCCAUCAAUGUAUUGUAAAUGAAUUGAAAUAAAAUUAAAUUUUACUCAACAAAA